AUGGCGAUGCCACUGGGAAUGCCGCAGGUCUACCAGCCACAAGAGCAGCUCAUAACGAGCCAGGACCCCACUGCGCCGCGGGUGAAGGUCAUCGCGCCCGGCUGCGAGCUGCGGCUCAUCGUGGAUGACGACAAGCACGCGCGCGUCAAGCUCCUGCCACAGCAGAUGCCGGCCAAACCGGGGCAGCCGGCGGAGGCCAGCUGCGAGAUCUUCGGGGCCGAGCUGGUGUCCGGCCAGGACUACCCAUUGCUGGGCGGCACCCGAACGGCUCUGUUUUCCUGGCACGGCUGCAAGAUCCAGGUGUCGGGGCCGACAGUUCAGGAGUACGACGCCCCCAACGUGGUGAUGCGCGACUACCUGUGCUGCGCGGCGGUGCUGGAGCAGCGGAGGAUCCGCGCGGAGGACCUGGGCCUGCCGGCGCCGCGGGUGCUGGUGUGCGGCAGCGCGUUCUCGGGCAAGAGCACGCUUUGCCAGAUCCUCUGCAACUACGCCCUGAGACGGGAGCACACGCCCAUCUUCGUGGACCUGGAUACUAGAUACUCCAACACGCGCCAGCUGCAGGGCAUGCCUGCGUGCGUGACGGCCAUGACGGUGGACCACGCAGCGGACGAGGAACCGCUCAGCCGGAUGGCCUACUUCUUUGGGCACCUGGAUUGGAGCGACAACGCGCGGUGGUACCAGCGGGUCGUGUCCCACCUGAGCCGGGUGGUCUCGGCAAAGUUGUCCACCGCCACCUCCCGGGAGGGGGCCCGGACCAGCUCCUCUGGGCUGGUGGUGAACGCGCCCUUCCAGCCGACCCCCGCUUUGCUAGAGAAGAUCAUCGAGAUGUUCGAGGCACAGCUCCGGGCCGCGUCAGACUUUGUUGGGGCCCCUCACCAGCGAAAGCGCAUGAUGAAAUCUAGGGAUUUCUGA